AUGGGGGCUGUCUUCAUGGCUAUCAGUUACUACUACUUUAAGCCGCCGUGUCUUCUAGAUAUCCCAGCAGAUCCGCUUCCUGACGUCCACGGCAAGUCAGAGUGGUACGGGGAUAUAGUAUUAAAUUAUCCGGCAGAUGGAAACCAUUACAUGACCGACUUCGGUCAUGGAAUGAAAGCUUUGAGCGAGUUGCGUGUGGUCCAAAACGAGAUUGGUGUGAUGUGCUUUAGUAGAUUUGAAGACUCGAAGAAGAUGCCGUGGGGCGCAGCUUUACACAUUCAAGCAAAACUGGAAACUUGGUAUCGCGGUUUGCCUACUCAACUCCAACCUCGGUGGAUUGUGCACCCCUCUCACCUGCUACUACAUUGCGAAUAUCAUGCUGUCUUGAUAACUCUGUUCAGAUCUCAGAUAUAUUCUGAAGAUGGAGGUGCACGGUCAUUGACGCAAAACCAACUCAACACGGCACAACAGGUUGUCACAGAAGCCAGCGUUCACUUAGAAAGCACCUUACGUAUAUACUACCUUCGCCAUAGCUUCGAAAGUUAUGACUCGACGCUCACAAUCUUCUUGGUCCACCUCGCCAACCUGACUCUAGAACCCAUCCGACAACUCGAGCAAGACCCAGCCAGUGAACGGAAAGAUACAAGCGAGGCACUUCUCUCAACACUCAUUCUAUGUUUUAACGGUCUGUAUGAGCAGUCAAAGAGUGCUUAUAUCGCUAUUGUCAUGCUCGCUCUCAUGAGAAAACAACUCAGUGCCGAGAUUCGGAAUACUGUCGGACGUUAUGUGACCAUAGAAGAGCCGGAAAGUGACACCGAGUCAAUAGACGAAACGAACUUUGAGUACUCACAGCCAGUCCUCUCAGAGCUCGUUCUUCCGGGUGCAAGUCUUAGCGAAGAUCCAAAGACGUGGAGAAUAAAGCAUUUGAUGGAUGAUUCAGGGAAGAUUUUAGCAUAG